CCAGUAUUCAAUUCAAUUCAACUCGCUAUCUCGCUGUAACCUCUCGACUGUGUCGAGAUAUGUCAUGAUUGUGUCAUGAAUGUUAUGAUACUUGAUGCAAGAAAACAAAUGAUUAAAAGAUUUGUAAGGAGGAAGGUUUUAACCAAUUUAUCGCUUUCUUUUUAAUUGCCUAAAUGGAUACACAAACGGAUAACGAUUUACCGCGGCCGCAAAUAACUUUGCGAAACAUGAAUUCUGGCAAUGUAUUCUAUAUGCCUUUAACAUCAUUUGCAGAGAUGUGGUAUCAAAUAUUUCUCUGGGCAUUGUUCUCCUCAAUAUUUGUACAUACGAUUGCUGGUGCAAUUUGUUUUGCUACUUUGCGACAGCACAAAUACGGCAAAUUCUUUCCAUUGCUUAUUAUAAUAAUGGGUGUACUAUUGCCACUGACGUCAGGUGUCGUCAGUUCUGCAGCAGUUGCCUUUGUAUAUAGAGCGUCCGGCUAUCAAAUGCCACCUUUAUAUGCAUUGUUUUGGGGUAUUGGGCAGACUGUGGUACCAGUGUGUAUUGGAUUUACACGAAUCUUGGCAACUUUGUAACUUAUUGUUACAAAUACUGUACUUGU